AUGUAUGAUCGCGCCAAUCUGAAGAUGCUCACGGAGAGCCACAUCUACGUCGACGAAGACGAAUGGACCAAAGAUGAGGUGAAGCUCCCGCAGCGGAGUGAGAUGCCUUGGGUGGAUUUCGAGCUCGUGAACUUCCAUCAGCCGGUACUUGGGACAUUCCACAGCAAAUUCAUGAUCGUCGACCGCAAGAUGGCCCUAUUGUGCUCGAACAACAUCCAGGAUCGGCCUAACGUGGAGAUGAUGAUUCAUCUGGAAGGACCCAUCGUGGAUAGCAUGUACGACACAGCACUCAUAUCGUGGUACAAAGCGAUGCAUCCUCCGCUACCGCUCCUUUCAAAGCCAUACUCAGUGCCCAGUGAGGGCUAUCGCUUCGGAAUGGAGAACGAGUACGCAUCGACGCAUCUGCUCGACGGCAAACGUGGUGAAGAGCUAUGCAAGAGUCUACGCGCCGAAGGCAAGGAGGCCAUGGACAAGGAUGCAAGCGAGCUGGAGAAAAACACAGUGGGCGGGAAGGAAGGCGAGCACCCUUUCAUCUCAGGCCGGUAUCAGUCCAUCACGGACCACAUCAGUACGUCUGCGCACUUCAGCUUGCACACUACGCAGGCCACCGUUCCGUACGAUCCGACGAAGGAUGAGGAAUAUACGCCGCACGUCCUACAUGCACCGCACGCUGAGGUGCCAAUGGCGCUUGUGAACCGCCCGCCGUACGGGAAGCCGAACAACGACGAGCGCGCGCUGCUGAAUCCGCAGGACUCGGCGUGGCUCGCAGCACUCAGGCACGCAAAGCGCCAGGUGUUCAUCCAGACCCCGACGUUCAGCGCGGGCCCGGUCGUCGAGGGCGUGCUGGGCGCGGUGCGGCGCGGCGUGGAGUGCAUCCUGUACGUGGACGUCGGAUUUAACGACGGGGGCGAAGCGCUGCCGCUUCAGGGUGGGACAAACGAGGAAGUGGUGAGGAAGAUCUAUGCGCAGAUGACAGAGGACGAGAAGGACAGGCUGAAGUUUCACUGGUACACGGCGCGGGAUCAGGUCAAGCCGAUUAAUGCUCACCUUCAGCAACGGAAUUGUCACGUCAAGCUGAUGAUUGUGGACGAAGCGCUGGGAAUCGUUGGGAACGGGAAUAUGGACGUCCAGUCGUGGUUUCACAGCCAAGAGGUGAACGUUAUGAUUGACAGCCCCCAAAUCUGCCGAGAAUGGCUGGACGCAAUCCACCAUGUGCAGAAUACGCACUUGCACCGUGUUGGACAUGACGGCGUGUGGCGCGAUGCGCAAGGUGUCGAGCUCACAGAUUCGACCGGCGUCACCAGCGGCAUCACAGGACUUUUCAAAGGUCUACAAGGCAGCAUUGCCCGGGUACGAGGCAAGGGUGGCUUCUGA